AUGGGCUUUGUGAGACAAAUCCAGCUCCUGCUGUGGAAGAACUGGACCCUGAGGAAAAGGCAAAAGAUGCGAUUUGUGGUGGAACUCGUGUGGCCUUUAUCUUUGUUUCUGGUGUUGAUCUGGUUAAGGAAUGUCAAUCCGCUCUACAGCCAACAUGAAUGCCAUUUCCCCAACAAGGCGAUGCCCUCAGCAGGAAUGUUGCCAUGGCUACAGGGAAUUUUUUGCAAUGUGAAUAAUCUGUGUUUCCAGAAUCCCACCCUGGGAGAAUCUCCUGGAAUUGUGUCAAACUACAACAACUCCAUCUUGGCAAGGGUGUAUCGAGAUUUUCAAAAACUUCUGGUGGAUGCCCCAGAGAGCCAACACCUUGGCCGUGUUUGGACAGAGCUCCGCACCUUGUCUGAACUCAUGGACACCCUCCGCACUCACCCUGAGAGAAUUGCUGGUAGAGGAAUACGAAUUCAGGAUGUCCUUAAAAAUGAAGAAACACUGACACUAUUUCUCAUGAAGAACAUCGGCCUGACUGACUCAGUGGUCCACCUUCUGGUCAACUCCCAAGUCCGGCCAGAGCAGUUUGUUCACGGAGUCCCAAACCUGAUGCUAAAGGACAUCGCUUGUAGUGAGGCCCUCCUGAAGCGUUUCCUGAUCUUCAGCCAGCGACGAGGGGCACAGACAGUGCGUGAUGCCCUGUGCCCACUCUCUCAGGGUACCCUGCAGUGGAUGGAGGACACACUGUAUGCCAACAUUGACUUCUUCAAGCUCUUUCGUGUGUUUCCUACACUUCUCGACAGAAGUUCUCAAGGCAUUGAUUUGAGGUCCUGGGGAAGAAUAUUAUCUAAUAUGUCACCAAGAAUCCAAGAGUUUAUCCAUCAACCAAGUGUUCAGGACCUGCUGUGGGUGACCAGGCCUCUUGUACAAACUGACAGUCCAAGGACCUUCACAGAGCUGAUGGGCAUCCUGUCCAACCUCUUUUGUGGCUACCCAGAGGGAGGAGGCUCUCGGGUAUUCUCCUUUAACUGGUAUGAAGACAACAACUACAAAGCCUUCUUGGGAAUUGACUCCACAAAAAAAGAUCCCAUCUAUUCAUACAACACAAGAACAACAACCUUUUGUAACGCAUUGAUCCAGAGCCUGGAGUCAAACCCUCUCACCAAAAUAGCCUGGAGGGCAGCAAAACCUUUGCUGAUAGGGAAAAUCCUCUUUACUCCUGAUGCCCCUGCAGCACGCAGGGUACUGAAAAAUGCCAACUCAACUUUUGAAGAGCUGGAGCGCUUCAGAAAUCUUAUCAAAGCCUGGGAAGAAGUGGGUCCCCAGAUCUGGUACUUCUUUGACAGGAGCACUCAGAUGACCAUGAUCAGGGAUACCCUGGAGAAUCCAACAGUAAAAGACUUUCUGAAUAAGCAGCUUGAUGAAGAAGGUAUUACUGCUGAAGCUGCCCUGAACUUCCUAUAUAAUGGCCCAAGAGGGAGUAGGGCUGAUGACCUGGCUAACUUUGACUGGAAGGAUGUGUUUAAUGUCACAGAUCACACCUUACGCCUGGUGAAUCAGUACCUGGAGUGCUUGGUCCUGGAUAAGUUUGAAAGCUAUGAUGAUGAAAUUCAGCUCACCCAACGAGCCCUGUCUCUGCUGGAGGAAAACAGGUUCUGGGCUGGUGUGGUGUUCCCUGACAUGUACCCCUGGACCAGCUCCCUGCCAGCCCAUGUGAAGUACAAGAUCCGGAUGGAUAUUGAUGUGGUGGAGAAAACCAAUAAGAUCAAAGACAGGUACUGGGAUUCUGGCCCCAGAGCUGAUCCUGUGGAAGAUUUCCGCUACAUCUGGGGAGGAUUUGCUUAUCUUCAGGACAUGAUUGAACUGGGCAUUACUAGGAGUCAAGUCCAAACCAAGUCUCCCAUUGGAAUCUAUCUGCAGCAGAUGCCUUAUCCCUGUUUUGUUGAUGACUCUUUUAUGAUCAUCCUAAACCGCUGUUUCCCUAUCUUCAUGGUGCUGGCUUGGAUCUACUCUGUCUCAAUGACUGUAAAGAGCAUCGUUUUAGAGAAGGAGUUAAGACUGAAGGAGACCUUAAAAAAUCAGGGUGUUUCUAAUGCAGUGAUUUGGUGUACCUGGUUUCUGGACAGUUUCUCCAUCAUGUCAAUGAAUAUCUUCCUCCUGACAAUAUUCAUCAUGCAUGGAAGAAUCCUUCAUUACAGCAAUCCCUUCAUCCUCUUCUUCUUCCUGUUGGCUUUCUCUACUGCGACCACCAUGCAAUGCUUCCUGCUCAGCACCUUCUUCUCCAGGGCCAGCCUGGCAGCAGCCUGCAGUGGUGUCAUUUACUUGACUCUCUACUUACCGCACAUUCUCUGCUUUGCCUGGCAAGACCGAAUGACAGCCGACCUGAAGAUGGUUGUGAGCCUGCUGUCUCCUGUGGCAUUUGGGUUUGGCACUGAGUACCUGGUUCGAUUUGAGGAGCAAGGCCUUGGGCUGCAGUGGAACAAUAUUGGGAACAGCCCAGUAGAAGGGGAUGAAUUCAGUUUUCUGAUGUCCAUGAAGAUGAUGCUCCUUGAUUCAGCACUCUAUGGUCUCCUUGCCUGGUAUCUCGACCAGGUAUUUCCAGGGGACUAUGGAACCCCACUUCCUUGGUACUUCCUUCUACAAGAGUCCUAUUGGAUGGGUGGUGAAGGGUGUUCAACUAGAGAAGAAAGGGCCCUGGAGAAGACUGAACCUAUAACAGAGGAAAUGGAAGACUCAGAACACCCAGAAGGAAUAAAGGACUCCUUCUUUGAACGUGAACUCCCAGGCUUGGUCCCUGGCGUGUGUGUGAAGAAUCUAGUAAAGAUUUUUGAGCCUUAUGGUCGGCCAGCUGUAGACCACCUUAACAUCACCUUCUAUGAGAACCAGAUCACUGCGUUCCUGGGUCACAAUGGAGCAGGGAAAACCACCACUUUGUCCAUCCUGACAGGUCUGUUGCCGCCAACAUCAGGGACUGUGCUCAUUGGGGGUAAAGACAUUGAAACCAGCCUGGAUGAAGUCCGGCAGAGCCUUGGCAUGUGUCCGCAGCACAACAUCCUGUUCCACCACCUCACAGUGGCUGAACACAUCCUAUUCUAUGCCCAGCUGAAAGGGAAGUCUUGGGAGGAAGCCAAGCUGGAGAUGGAAGCCAUGUUGGAGGACACCGGUCUCCACCACAAGAGGAAUGAAGAAGCUCAGGACCUGUCAGGUGGCAUGCAGAGGAAGCUUUCCGUUGCGAUUGCCUUUGUGGGAGAUGCGAAGGUGGUAAUUCUGGACGAACCUACCUCUGGGGUGGACCCCUACUCGAGACGCUCAAUCUGGGACCUGCUUCUGAAAUAUCGCUCAGGUAGAACCAUCAUCAUGUCCACGCAUCAUAUGGAUGAGGCCGACCUCCUCGGGGACCGCAUUGCCAUCAUUUCUCAGGGAAAGCUCUACUGUUCAGGCACUCCACUCUUCCUCAAGAACUGCUUUGGCACAGGCUUCUACCUAACCUUAGUGCGCAAGAUGAAAAACAUCCAGAGCCAAAGAACCUGCAAGGGGACCUGUAGCUGUGCAGCUAAGGGCCUCUCUGUGAAGUGUCCUGCCAGCCCAGAUGAGAUAACUCCUGAACAAGUCUUGGACGGGGAUGUGAAUGAGCUGAUUGAUAUGGUUUCCCACCAUGUUCCAGAGGCACAACUGGUGGAAUGCAUUGGUCAAGAACUUAUCUUCCUUCUUCCAAAUAAGAAUUUCAAGCAGAGAGCAUAUGCCAGCCUUUUCAGAGAGCUGGAGGAGGCACUGGCUGACCUAGGACUCAGUAGCUUUGGAAUUUCUGAUACUCCCCUGGAAGAGAUUUUUCUGAAGGUCACAGAGGACUCUGAUUCUGGGCCUCUAUUUGCUGGCCGCACUCAGCAGAAAAGAGAAAACCUCAACUUUCGACACCCCGGUGUGGAUCCUACAGAGAGGGUCAGACAGACUUCCCAGGGCUCCAACAGCUGCUCAGUAGAACCAACUCUGCCUGAUGGCCAGUCUCCUGGGGAAUCACGAGAGCACCACACACUCAACAGAGGAGCACGACUGGUCCUCCAGCAUAUGCAGGCACUGUUAGUCAAGCGAUUCCACCACUCAGUCAGAAGCCACAAGGAUUUCUUGGCUCAGAUUGUGCUUCCAGCCAUGUUUGUGUGUUUGGCUCUCAUGCUUUCUAUCAUUGUCCCUCCCUUUGGUGAAUAUCCUGCACUGACCCUUCACCCCUGGAUGUAUGGGCAGCAAUAUACCUUCUUCAGCAUGGACCAGCCAGGCAAUGAACAGCUUGAAGCACUAGCAGCCGUUCUCCUGGACAAGCCAGGCUUUGGCAACCGUUGCCUGAAAGACGAGUGGCUUCUGGAAUACCCCUGUGGCAAUUCAACGCCCUGGAAGACACCCUCUGUGUCUCCAAAUACCACCCACCUGUUCCAGAAGCAGAAAUGGACACCAGACAACCCCUCACCUUCCUGCAAGUGCAGCACCAGAGAGAAGCUGACCAUGCUUCCCGAAUGCCCUGAGGGCGCAGGGGGGCUCCCACCUCCACAGAGAAUGCAACGCAGCACUGAAAUUCUACAAGACCUCACCAACAGAAACAUCUCCGACUUCUUAGUGAAAACAUAUCCUGCUCUUAUAAGAAGCAGCUUAAAGAGUAAAUUCUGGGUCAAUGAACAAAGGUAUGGAGGCAUUUCCAUUGGAGGAAAGCUCCCGGCCCUCCCCAUCACCGGAGAUGCUCUUGUUGCAUUUUUAGGUGACCUUGGCCAGCUAAUGAAUGUGAGCGGGGGUCCUGUUACCAGAGAAGCUGCUAAAGAAAUGUCCGCUUUCCUUAAACAUUUAGAAACUGAAGACAACAUUAAGGUCUGGUUCAACAACAAAGGCUGGCAUGCCAUGGUCAGUUUUCUCAACGUGGCCCACAACGCCAUCUUACGGGCCAGCCUGCAGGAGAACAGGAACCCUGAGGAGCAUGGCAUCACCGUCAUAAGCCAGCCCCUGAACCUGACCAAGGAGCAGCUCUCAGAGAUUACAGUGCUGACCACCUCAGUGGAUGCUGUGGUUGCCAUCUGUGUGAUUUUCGCCAUGUCCUUUGUCCCAGCCAGCUUUGUCCUUUAUUUGAUCCAGGAGAGGGUGAACAAAGCUAAGCACCUUCAGUUUAUCAGUGGAGUGAGUCCCAUCACCUACUGGUUGACCAAUUUCAUCUGGGAUAUGAUGAACUAUGCUGUGAGUGCUGCAUUGGUGGUGGGCAUCUUUAUUGGGUUUCAGAAAAAAGCCUAUACUUCUCCAAACCAUCUUCCUGCUCUUGUUGCACUGCUCAUGCUGUAUGGAUGGGCAGUUAUUCCAAUGAUGUACCCAGCGUCCUUCCUGUUUGAUGUUCCCAGCACAGCCUAUGUGGCCCUGUCUUGUGCUAAUCUGUUCAUCGGCAUAAACAGCAGUGCCAUCACUUUUGUCUUGGAAUUAUUUGAGAAUAACCAGACUCUACUCAGGUUCAAUGCCAUGCUGAGGAAGCUGCUCAUUAUCUUCCCCCACUUCUGCCUGGGCCGAGGCCUCAUUGACCUUGCACUGAGCCAGGCUGUGACAGACGUCUAUGCACGCUUUGGUGAGGAGCACACUUCAAAUCCAUUUCAAUGGGACCUGAUUGGGAAGAACCUGGUUGCCAUGGCAGCAGAAGGGGUGGUCUACUUCCUGCUGACCCUUCUCACUCAACACCACUUCUUCUUAACCAGAUGGGUUGCUGAACCAGCUAAGGAGCCCAUCCUAGAUGAAGAUGAUGAUGUGGCUGAAGAAAGACAAAGAAUUGCUAAUGGAGGAAAUAAAACUGAUAUCUUAAGGCUGAAUAACCUGACCAAGAUAUAUUCCGGCACUUUCAGCCCAGUGGUGGACAGAUUGUGUGUGGGGGUUCGCCCUGGAGAGUGCUUUGGCCUCCUAGGGGUGAACGGAGCUGGCAAAACAACUACAUUCAAGAUGCUCACUGGUGACACCUCAGUGACCUCAGGUGAUGCCACUGUAGCUGGGAAGAGUAUUUUAACCAGUAUUUCUGACGUCCAUCAAAGUAUGGGCUACUGUCCUCAGUUUGAUGCCAUAGAUGACCUGCUCACAGGGAAAGAACACCUUUACCUUUAUGCCCGGCUUCGAGGGGUUCCGGCAGGUGAAAUUGACCAGGUUGCAAACUGGAGUAUUAAAAGUCUGGGCCUGUCUCUCUAUGCGGACCGCCUGGCCGGCACCUACAGUGGGGGCAACAAGCGCAAACUCUCCACAGCCAUCGCACUGAUAGGCUGCCCACCCCUGGUGUUGCUGGAUGAGCCCACUACAGGCAUGGACCCCCAGGCACGCCGAAUGCUAUGGAACACCAUCAUGAGCAUCAUCAGAGAAGGGAGGGCUGUGGUCCUCACAUCCCACAGCAUGGAAGAAUGUGAGGCCCUGUGCACCCGGCUGGCCAUCAUGGUGAAGGGUACCUUUCAGUGUCUGGGCACCAUUCAGCACCUCAAGUACAAGUUUGGAGAUGGCUACAUCGUCACAAUGAAAAUCAAAUCCCCAAAGGAUGACUUGCUUCCUGACCUAAAUCCUGUGGAGCAGUUCUUCCAGGGGAACUUCCCUGGCAGUGUGCAGAGGGAGAGGCACUACAACAUGCUGCAGUUCCAGGUCUCCUCAUCCUCCUUGGCAAGGAUCUUCCAGCUGCUCAUCUCCCACAAGGACAGCCUGCUCAUUGAGGAGUACUCAGUCACACAGACCACGCUGGACCAGGUAUUUGUGAACUUUGCUAAACAGCAGACUGAAACUCAUGACCUCCCUUUGCACCCUCGAGCUGCAGGAGCCAACCAACAAGCCAAGAUCUGAUCACCUUCCACCAGACACAUUUGCUGCAGCUGAACAGAAACUCUGAACACCUGGAAGUGCAGGAGCCUUUGUUAGAUGGGCAGCCAAUCCAGUCAGCCAGCAGAAGUAAUCCCUUGGCAGCAGAAACAAACACCAGGCACCCAGUCGACUCCAAAGGAGACUCUUUCAAAAAAGAACCAAAAUAACCUCCAUCAUCUGGAACAACUGAGGGUGAAGCUGAGCCAGCCAAAUGAAUACAAAGAAAGUCCUUUCACCCAAACUGCAGAAGCAGAAAUCCUAGUUCAACUGACUAUAAGUUUUUACCUUGAUAAUACUCUCAUCUCAACUUAAAAUAGAAUGUUCCUCCCUCCAUUCUCUCUCCCACUUUUAAGGAGAAAAUAAAAUGUAAAUGUACUUAUCACAA